UUAACCCUUUGAGUGGCAGUGGUUACUCUCAGCUGAAUAAAAUCUUCUGGCGUCAACCAGAAUAUAAUACCUAAGUGGGACACUGCCCUUUAAACGGUUAACCCCUGCUCGAGGAAGAUGGUCUUUGUGCUACGAUCAAAUCUUAUACAAAAGUGUUGUAAUAAAAAAAGUGUUACAGCGUCAGUAAUAAUUUUCGUUUUGUUGGUGAGCGUUUACCAAGAGGAUAAUGUUAAGGAGAGUGACAAGGAUGAUGACAUAUAUAGUGAUGAGGCUGGUGAGCAGAGGAGAGGACCACUUGUUUACCGUGGAGAAACAGGCCAGACAGGUGUGUCAGUUAACAGGUGUCGCUCCCUCUUCACCAUCACUGGGGUGCCAGAUGAAAAAACACUUUUCGCUGCUGACCUGCUACAAUAUCCUGCAGACAACAGCAACUUGACGAGCGACAGAUGGAUGCCGCUACACCCUCGGGUGGACCAACACCUGUCAGCGGCUGUCAAAGGGGUGAGACACCUGCUGCAGAAGAGGUCGUCGUCGUCUGGAGCUUCCACCGAGGAUUACCGCAGUCUGGCGGAGCUGCUUCCUACACUCUUAACCUUUCAACACCACACUAACAAGAGUCAAGAGGAUGACCACGGGAAGGAAGGUCAAACACCCAUCCUCCGCCUCAACAGUAGGAUUGAUGCCAACGGCGGAGUGUUGCCCUACGUGCCCUGUGCCAUAGUGCCCUUUGAUCACCCGCACUCCGUCACCGCCUGCUUCGCCCAUAGACUCAAGAACAAGAAUUCCCUCUGGAUCGCAUUCCUGGGCGACUCAAAAAUCAGGGCAUUGUUUUAUGAGUUUCUUCAGAGAACCGACAGUGAAUAUCGGUACCUCAUCCACCUUCUGAACACAACCAUGAGCUACGAGGAGAUGAGGAGGACCACCUUUAAGCUACUCACCGACAUGGAGGCCACCACACCUGUACACCCGCGCCUCCGUGUCUCCUUCAAUUUCAGGACAUUCAUGGAGGUAACGCCGUCCAAGGUUCAGGAGACCAAGGAACUGAGACAACUAAGUCGGUGGGCCAAGGGGGAGGACCCGCUCCCUCACAUCCUUAUAAUAGGUAACACAACAACCGCCACAACACCUCCACUGCAAGCAGUUAGCUACACGUCGUUGAUGAUACUACAUAUGAUGAUGAUGAAUUACACCGCUGACGUGCUGGAGGUCAUGAGAGAGAUGCAUCAACAGGUCGUCCCUCUCCUACACCAGAUCGCUCAGAGGACGCGGGUGUUGGUGGUGUCUCAGGGUCGCUACAGGGAGCACAGUUUUUCUGGAGCAAUCUACAACAAGGCGUCAAUCUUAGGGGAUGCCACCUUCGACUGGAGCGAGAUGCUGUUCCAGUAUUAUCUCCGUCAGUAUAAAGACCACCACCUUUCUCCUGCCACGCCCCACGUCUCCUACACCUUUCCAACACCAAUCACUGGGUCUCUAAAACAACACUCCCCCAACCCCCAGGGUCCCAUACCCAACACUGUAAGACCACAAACUACCAGGACCAGCAAAGACUAUUUGGACGCUAGAGUGACUGGUGGUGGAGUGUGGUGGUGGGACACUGGUGUGCCGCUUAACCUGGCGGGGAUCAGCGAGUGUGAAGAACUGUACCGUCGAGGGCUGGUGGACAGCUCCGUGUACACCAGUGAACACCUCAGGUGUACAGACGACCAUCACGUAGGAGAGGACGUGCUGUCUGACCAAAUCACCAUGCUAUUUAACCUUAUGUGUAACUCUAUCAUGCAGCCACAUACGAAUGUUUGUUGUCACUGAAGAGGUAUUCCAUCUUGGUCAUAGCCUCACGCUGCACUGCCUGCCUCCGUUACUGACUCAAAUUGACGCAGAUAAUGAUUAACAAAUGUUAUCACUGUUCCAAAGAAAAUUAUUUACUUUUAUACAAGUAAAAAAAUGUAUUGUAAAAACUUAGGAUGAAGCUAAUAAA